AUGUCACCGCUAAACAACAAUACUACCUCCCCGGCAAAGCGGCCAGGAUUGGCCCGCCGCUCUGUGUCAUCCCACGCGAUCAUAACACGCACGUCCUCGGCCAAUGCGACCGACGCAGUCGAUCCCCAGAAAGGACCGCCUGCACACAAGACUCGUGCCCAUGUCGUGGGCGGCGGUCAUCGCGCUCACGGACGUAACCCGUCGUUUGGUAAGAACAUGAAUAAGCUGCAGAGGCUGCAUAGCACGCAGUUGUUUGCCGAGGGUACGACGAUCGGUACAGGCGCCCGACAUCAUCAACGUAAAAAGUCAGCCCCCGUUACACCGGCCGAAAGCCCACGAACGUCAGGCUCCCAUGUCCGUUGGGAGGGCACAAAUACAUCCCUAGGCGAACAUAAGCCGAACACCUCUUCCAUGCGCAAAAACUUGUCCACGCCUUCCCUUCAUCGCAAUACAUCCGCUAUCAUUUCCAAGAAAUCUCUCGUUACAGAGCGACCCCAGUCAGCCAAAGGACGUCCAAAGAAAUCGGUGGGAUUCGAGUUAGUCGCCGACUCCGAUUCCGAAGCAGAGUGGGAAGACAGUACCCAGUCACCAGAAAGCACACGACGCGGUUCUGCUGUGCCGUCUGCCAAAGAUAGCGCUGAAAGCAGUCAAGUUUUGGUGGAUCCAUUAACUUUUGUGAAACGCCCAUACCCUCAAAGCCUGCAGUCAAGGAGUCUUCCGGAGACUAUUAUUAACAAUCUACCCCAAGCAAUCGAAAGCUCCGAUCAUGAGGUUUCAGAUCACGAACAGCCGUCAUCGCUUUCAUCAAACGACCACCAGCGAGAACCGCGAAAGCAGGAACCAGAGGAUAUAGCAAAUCGUUUACUAAGCCAGUCUCGGAUAUCCAAGGCACCACCUGCGAUGUCUUCAAUAUCAGCCAUGGGUACUCCGACUACAGUCGACACUACCCGCCGGAAUGAGUCUUUAACGAACCUUGCUUCUAGCCACGGUGCACUACGACAUGACUCGCCCAUGCCAACAUCUCUGGCUCAGUUUUCGACGCCUCAAGCGACCUCAUCAUCUAUCGAAGGAGGCGUGUCGCGUUUCAUCAUCAACCCCCAGGCGGGAUUACAUGCUACUUCAAAAAACGAUUCCGAUCCUAAUACGCCGUCUUCCUUCCUGCCGCAUUACCAUCCUCAACCACCAACGUCUCCGGAACUCACUUUAGCGAGGAAAACAAAGACUGCCUCUCAGGCACCACGUCCUCCAGGAGCCGGGCCAGCUUCUAGAACACAGCAGAAGCUAUGGCUUCAGCGGACGGCGGCUUUGACUACGUCCCCUCCUGACUCACAUGGACCCCAAGCUCUGCCUCAGGCUACAGUCGACCCUGUCUUCAUGGCUGCUUCGCAUUCACGAACCGGGCAAUACGAUAAUGGUCGAGGAAUCGUAAAUGGGAGCGUUCGAGUUGGGACGACACACGAGAGUGAGGCCAAACACACCCGCAAAGCGUAUGAGAAGAUAUCCUUGGAAUUGCACGUCGUUCGACGGUUUCAGAGUCCAGCGAAGAACAGUCUCUAUCGAAUACAGCGUUUCGAGCACGUAACAGAAAGACCGGGCACGGCUUCAGAAUCUACCGGUGGGCUUUUGGGGAAAAGUUCAAAAUCGGCUCCGUCGCUGACCACAGGGCAAUUUCUACAAACCCCGUCUAAUAAGCAUCCAAAGGCAGCACCCAAAAAUAAUGGGAUGGCUGGGGAGCCGGCAGAUAGUCGCCAACGAGCGGCGAAUUCAGGUCGUGUUUAUUUUCAAGACGACGAUGCGAUAAACAAUACCAGCAACCCUUCUCCAGACUCAGCAGACCGGUUAGCAAUUGAGACUCGGUCUGAUAAUCACAACCCACAGACCGCCACCCAGCCUGGUGUUUCCACCUCCGCCAACGGACCUACAGGUGAAGGUACAAUUGGCAAUCAAGAUCGCGAUGACUACUUUGCUACCGAACAGGAGAUGCUUCUUCGUCGAAUGUGGGAAAGCAGAGGCGAAGUUGCAAGCCCUGGAUAA